CAGAUGAAGACAUGCUUCGCAUGAGAGAGAUGGACGUGCAACAAGUUGGGGACGCAGGCAUACGUCAAGUCGGAGACGUGGGCGAGCAACGAGUAACGUACUGGACGGUGGUAAGUGACACGUGGUCGGAAUUCUGGACCAGCACCGCCAUCUCUGGGAUAAGCAACGCUGGGAGAGCAAACGACCGCCUUCCUCGGGUCCUCUGGCUUCUACUCUUCGGCGUUGGGACUUACUACACCGUCAGAGACACCAUCGGCGUCAUAGACAACUAUUUGUCUUACCCUUACACCACUCAGAUGGAUCUCCAGCACAUGAGCACCGUGCAGUUUCCGGCAGUGACAGUCUGCAACCAGAACCGCCUCAGUUGCCAGAAGUUAUUCAACAAGAUGCUGGAGGUUCUCUCCAACACGUCUGUCAACAGCUACGUCAGUGGCUCUGGCAGUCACCUCAACACUUCUUCCGACGGCUACACGCUCUUGGUUCUCUACAAUAUCUCCAGUUGCGGCGUAGAAACAAUAGGCUGCCCCGCGGUACAGAUGGCCUAUUACUCGAACAACUUCACAUCGGGAAAGAGCAUCCCUGUGGACCUGCGCCAGAUGGAUUAUUGCCUUUACUGCUCCGCCAUCCUACAGAGUUACAGGGACACCUGCAAAAGCUCUUCGACACAAUAUCUGGAGAAUCUUUGGAAUAACCUCAGUUGCUGUAAUAUCCCUCCGCAACCACUCGGAACCUGUCCAGGUCCUGGUCCCUGCCCAGGUCCUAGUCCAUGCCCAGGUCUUGGUCCAUGUCCAGGUGCUAGACCUGCUUCUGGUCAAGGUGUUCCACCUGCUUCUGGUCAAGCUGUUCCACCUGCUUCUGGUCCAGGUGUUCCAGCUUCUUUUGGUCCAAGCGUUCCAACUGCCUUUGAUCUGCUUGCUCCAGCUGCCGCUGGUACAGCUGCGUCAGUUGGCAAUGGUCUGAUAACAGAAGCUGUUUUGGGUCCAGUCACAGCAGGUGACUCAGCUGCAGCCACAGUUGUUACCUCUGGUCCAGCCCCAGUAGUUCCUUCUGGCUCACUUACAACAGCUGUCUCUGGUUCAGUCAUCCCAGCUGCCUCUAGUGUAGUAACUCUACCAAUCUCUGGUCUAAUCCCAGCAGCUACCUCUGGUCUAGUCACAGCAGCUGCUCCUGGUUCAGUCACUGCAGUUGCCCCUGGUCCAGUCACAGCAGCUGCCCCUGGUCCAGUCACAGUAGCUGCCCCUGGUCCAGUCACAGCAGCUUCCCCUGAUCCAGUCACAGGAGCUGCCCCUGACUCAGUUACAGCAGUAGCCCCUGGUCCAGUCACAGCAGCUGCCCCUGACUCAGUUACAGCAGUUGCCCCUGGUCCAGUCACAGCAGCUGCCCCUGGUCCAGUCACAGCAGCUGCCCUUGGUCCAGUCACAGCAGCUGCCCCUGAUCCAGUCACAGCAGCUGCCCCUGGACCAGCCACAGCAGCUGCCCCUGGACCAGCCACAGCAGCUGCCCCUAGCUCAGUUACAGCAGCUACCCCUGAUCCAGUCACAGCAGCUGCCGCUGGUUCAGUCACAGAAGGUGCCUCUGGUCCAGCCAUACCUGCAACCUCUGGUGCAGCAGGUGUUCCUGUUUCUGAUCCAUUAACAGCAGGUGUUCCUGUUUCUGAUCCAUUAACAGCAGGUGUUCUUGAUCCAGUAAGUAAUAAUAAAUCCACAGACUAUUCAGGUUCAAAUGGCCGAGUGCUCAAUGGGAGUUUAAAGCCUAUCGACUGCACCGUCAUUCUUUCAUCAUUCUUACAGAUCGUUAGACGCAAGCGACAAAUUGGGCCAGAGCCGUUAAGUGGACCUAAUAUGCAAGGGCUGCCCACUUCCCAGUGGCAGCCCGAUGGAUUUGGUGGAGCAGGAGGACCGCCCAGCCCUCCUAAUUUAUCAGGGCCACCCCAAGGACCACCAAAUGCCAAGCCAGGUCGAGUAAUGGCUCCUUCAGAGAUGUACAACAUGCAGAUAAAGUUCCUCUCAGCGUACAUGAACCUCACACAGGAGCUGCAGGAAGCCAUAGGUUACUCCUUAACCGAACUGAUACUCGCUUGCGACUUUUUGGGAUAUAACUGUUCCGAUAACGGCAACUUCAAGACAGUCUUCUCGCCCAUGUAUGGUAACUGCUAUACCUUCAACAGUGACGGCCACUGGAACACCAGCCUCACGGGACCCAUGUACAGUUUGUCUCUAUUGAUAAAUGUGAAUCAGACGACCUACCUGCCGCAUUUGAUGACGGGGAAGGCCGGAACGAGGGUGGUCAUCCACGUUCCAGGUACCCAGCCGCUCUUAGAUACCGAGGCGUUCGAUGUCGCCCCAGGCACGGCCACCAGCAUAGCUAUCAAGCAGGUCACCCUAGUUCGACUGCAGUCACCCUACAAGAGUAACUGCACAAAUAACUGGAACGAGACUUUAUACACCUACUCAAAUUCCAGCAUCUACUCUCUGACGGAGUGCCUGAGCAUCUGUCUGCAGCGGUUCUUCGUAGACAACUGCAACUGCUCUCAUCCUCUGUAUCCUCAAAACUUUAAGUUCUUAAACAAACUCUACCUUGGCAUCCCAAGCUGCAAUCUCACCAAACAAGAAAACAUCUCGACAUGUAUUGAUACUAAGCUUGCAGAGUACGCAAAAAAUCCUGACUCAGCGGGUUGUGGAUGCAACGUCGAAUGCAGCGAGAUCCAGUACUUCAAAUCUGAGUCUACAGCAGCCUGGCCUCCAUUAUCUUCCAAGAGGGAAGUAGAAAGCAAGUACUCAAAACAUGCAGACGAGAAUCUACUGCAAUUGUUUAUCUUCUUCAAUACUCUCAACUUUGAUACCGUCAACCAGACAGCAGUGUAUAAUGACUUGACCGACCUGGUGAGCGCCCUUGGAGGCGCCCUCUCUCUCUACCUGGGACUCUCAGUCUUUCUCAUAGCAGAGGUCGUAGAGUGGUUCCUUUAUCUCAUCUACAACUCCUUCAUGUACGCCCGAGGUCGCUACAAUCCCCACGAGAGCUACAGCGCUAAUAACAAAGUGUGUCGACCAAUGCCAGAACCACCACCACUGUCAGGCAAGGCUGCGGCAGACCUUCACUACGUUAACAGUAUCUACGGUACGUUCCAGGCUGACUGA